UGACGUGUGUCGUAUAAUAAUAAGGACGACCAACGCGUUAACGUACAACUACCGUUUACCCAUCAUACAAUAUAAUAUUAUUAAUGAAAUUAUUACGAGUUACGACCGUAAUAAUAUGAUCAUAUUAUGGACAGUCUGUAGACGAGUAUUGCGACCACAAAAAUUACAAAUAUGUGUAUAAAGAAUAGUCGGCUGCACGCCGAAUACGAAUUAUAAUAGUAAAUAGUAAUAAUAAUGUAUCAUACACGGCCGGCGGCGGCCGCUACGACCGGCGCGAAAAUAGUCGCGCGUGCGCGCACAACAAUAAACCGACGAUCAGUUCGGCCACUGACGGAACGCCGUAAUUCCCAGCGUCCAGUGUUUUUCACUGAUCGCCCGCCAACCGAACUGUCGAGCAACGGAGCAACUUGCAACUAAUGCAACUGCAACACCGUCAGACCGUCUUCACGUGCAAAAUUGCAGAGAUGGUCAACAAAAAAGGUACCAGAAAGUGCUUGCAAACAUUGCAGCCAUCCGGCGUCGACAAAGAAAAUUUGGUUGGGACCGGAAGAUUUCACGAAAACAAACCUGAUCCUAAAAUAUCGAAGCCACAAUUUGAGACUGAAGUAGAUGUAAAAACUGAUGAAAAUAAGUCUGUAGUAGAUGCCAAAGCAAAGCCAUCUCUCUAUAAAAAGUUAAUUAUCCAAGAUCUCAACAACAUUGUUGGUCCAAGUACUAGUGAAAAAUAUUGGGAGGUUGUUGCAGAACGUCGUAGAAAGGCUUUAGAGGAAGUUCUUGAACAAAACAGUAAAUUACAUACUUUAAUCACGGCAUUGAAAGAAGAAAAUUCAUCUUGUAAAAAAUCACUUGAAAAAACAACUAAUCUCCUCAACACAUUAAAUGAAGUAAUUAAAAAAAAAGAUGAUAAAUCAGCUGAAGAUUAUGUCGAUAACGACAAUUCAUCAAUCAACUCUGAUGAAAUUAUAAGAAGCGAUGAUUUUUGUGACAGCGAAUCUGAAUAAUUUGUUUUUUUAACUUAUCAAAUAAUUCUUUUUUUUUCAAAUUAUUCAAUGGUUCUUUUUUUUU